AUGGCUCCUGCUGCUCGCCAGCGGAGGCCGUUGGCUGCGAUUCUGCAGCGCAGUCGAGGCGCUCUGCUGGUGGCAUUGGCGGCUGUUGUAGUGAUCGGAGUCGCUCGCUUUCAUCUUCCACUCUCUCCCUCUCUCCUCUCCGCGCCAUCGCCGCCAGCAUCGUCGUUACGCUCGCCCUUUCUUCAACAGCCCCUGCCAGUACCGCUCAUCCACCGCCCGCUAACUGACUACUUCCAGCCUGACAGCCCACUGCCCUCCGCGCUGCCACCACUGCUGAACCCAUUGGCGCCGCACGUGCAGCUGCAGCAGCACGCGUUCGUGCACCUGCUGGCGCAGCACUCCGCGGCCUUCCAGCCCGGGCUGCUGCACGACUGGCUGGGCGCCACCGCCUUCUUCGAGUGGCUCUGCCCCCACCUCGCCCACCCUGGCGCGCAGGGGGCAGGAGAGGUGCAGGUGGGGAGUGCGGAGGGGGGUGGGGGCGAGGAGGAGGUGAGUGACGAUGCGAGGGUGGUGAGCGGGGCGUGGGAGGAGGGCGGCAGCGAGGGCGGGUGGGAGGAGGAAAUCCCCGUGGUGGAGUCACGGCAGCGCGUGUGUGCUGCGCACCUGGCCCGCGAGCAGCAGGCGGACGCCCACCCGGGGGGGGUGAGUGUGGACCCCGUCGGGGCGAGCGCACAUGGCGGGGCGGCACACGGGGAGGAUGGGAGUGCGGGCAGGGAGGGUGGCAGUGCAGGCAGCGGGGCGGGACGGGCAGCGGCGGGGGAGUACGCAGGGUACCUGCCAUCGGCAGACGGGGCGUACGUGGAGCUGCUGGACGCGCUGGAGGCCGUGCUGCGCUCCCACCUGCUGCCCGCUGCAGCAGUGGCCCAUGGGGGGAGCGCGGAGAAGCAGGGGGGCGAGGGGCGGUUCACGGUGGUGUCUGCUGGGCCGCUGCUGCACGCCAUGACUGCCUUUGCUGCUGCCCACGCCUACAGGCAGGUGCGGCCAUACGACGCCAUGGCGCUGGUGGUGGUGCAUCCCGACAUGCCCAAGCAGCUGCACGCCCUGGCUCGCCUCAAUGCCGUCCCACACUUCACUCACAUCCCCCUUGCCCUUGGGGGCGGAGAGGUGAAGGAGAGGGAGCCAGGCAGGUGGGCAACGGUGGGCGAUGUGCUGGCGGGGCUGCCACGCUGCGACCUGUUGGACAUCGAUGCUGACCGAGCGGAGAAGUUUGCCUUCGAUGACCCCGACGCCUUCACCCACGUGCAGCGGGUGGUGAGGCGGGUGCAGAUAACAACGCACGGGGGGGACGUGCACGGCAAGCUGGAGGCGCUCUUCCGCCUCAAGGGCUGGCUCAAGGCCCUCGACCUCCCUCCCCCCGCUGCCGCCGCCUGCCUGCACCCCACGCGCGCCUUCAUGCGCGCACCCCCUUCCUCCUCCCACGACCCCAAUGAAAGCUCCUCAUCCCAGCAGCCGCACAGCAGGCCUGCUUGUGCCCCGGUGCCACGGCCCGAGUGUGUGACGCACACCCCGUGGGGCCCCAUGCUGCUCAGGGAGGGGCUGCUCUCCUUCCUCAACCCCUCCUUCGCCCACCAGGAAGACAUCGUUCGCCCACCCCUCACCCCCCUGCCGCCUGCACUGCUCUGA